AUGGCUGAUCCAGCGAGCCAAAACUUGCUCCCUUGCCACAACCCUGUCCCGCGUGACUCCCAGUCUCAUCCCGAGCUACCCACGACAUUUAGAUCACCUCCCUCACCACCACCACCGCCCUUCACUCAUCCACCAUCUAUCCAAAACCCGAGAAAACUAGUUUCCCAAAUACCUUUAUCCAUCGAAUCAGAAUUAUCAAAAUCACCAACCCCCCCAAAACCCAAACGCUUAAACAGUGAUCUCAGCAGCCUCGACCACUUCUGGCAUUAUUGGAAAUGGGAGACAGCAUCAGGUUUCUUAGUCCUGGCAACUCCGUUCAUAAUUGUUGCUACGAUCUACCCUCACGCAGGAGACCCGCUUCCAGAAUGGCCCUUCCGGAUUUCCAUCAACACUCUCCUGUCGAUAUAUACGGUGGUCUUCAAAGCCUGUAUCGCUUUCAUAAUUGCAUCCUGUAUUGGACAGCUCCAAUGGAUUUGGUUCUCAUCCGCCCGACCGCUUUACGAUUUAGUUCGAUAUAGCAAUGCUGGAAAUGGCCCUUGGGGGUCAUUACAGCUGCUCUGGGCACAACACAUCAAGCAGCCGUUGACUGCAUUUGGGGCUUUGAUAUUGAUCGCUUCCGUACUCGUUGAUCCUUUUACCCAGCAGCUCAUUUCGCCGAUUAGUUGUAGCAUGCACCUUCCUACACAAACCGCAACUUUACCUCGUACUAACAUCUGGCAUGGAGAGUUUCUCUCACCAGAUGUUCGUCCCGUAUUAAAUACAACAUUAGACUCGGUAGUCUACGACCCAGGGAAGUUUAUGUCAUGGAAAUGCGCAACAGGCAACUGCAACUUCACAGAACCCUACGGAACUGUUGCAUAUUGCAGCUCUUGCGAGGACGUUUCUAUGAAGCUCGUUUUCGACCAAACGUGUAAGCCAAACAACAACGGCUCAGCAUCCCAAAGUUUCGGAAUCUGCCCAGAUAAUGGGGCUUUAACCUUAUCAUCAGGCCUAGCCACCCAAUUCGCGGGCGUUACCGGGUGGGCUAAUAUGACUUUCAACCAUACGAAUAAGAUUAUGCUUACCGCGGGAGUACAAGAAAUAGAUUAUCGGUUAGCUAACGAUGAGUGGGGUAUAAGGCCUGGAGUUAAAUCCAUCAUCGUUGCCGGCAAGACGACCGCUUCGGUACAGAAGUCAAACCUCACCGCGGGACAACUUCUUUCAGAUUGCGACAAUAUAGACACGUGGCGCUGUCGAGGAUACGGCGCUGCUAUUUGUACACUGAUGCCCUGUGUAAGACUAUACCAGGGUUCUAUAAUCAACGGCGAGUUGACUGAGCGCUUGGUUUCGACAUCUGGCUCGCUCCCUUGGGGCGGAGACACUUCUCCACCGAUACACCCGCGAGGUAUGCUUGAUACCAACUGCACAUCACCAGAAGAUAAUAGCAGACUUCAGAAGCUGGGGUACAAUGUUAGCAAUACUUCCUCGCAAUGGCUCCCCGUUGGUUCACAGUCUUUUAGUAGGGACCAAUCUUUGAGAUCCUCAUUGAUAUAUCGGAAUUGUUUGUAUGAGAUGGGACAAUUAGAAACUAGUAUAGAGCCGACGUUAAAGUCGAGCCUAGAAGCCGACAUCUAUGCUGGUUCUAUACAGGGGAUGUUAAAUCCUUCGAUGACGUUCUAUGGUCACUUUCGUGGACCGCAGUUAUUCCAAGAGAUCUUGAACAAUGGGAAUAUGGACUUCGAACGGAUUGAUAGCACAUACAGCAAUAUUUCGAAUAGUUUGACGGCAUGGAUGCGAACACACAGCAGCGAUGGGCCGAGCGAUGGGCCUCGUCAAGAUGCGAUUGGGGAGGUGCUUCAGCUUGCAACUUGCAUCCAUGUUAGAUGGUGGUGGUUUGCGUAUCCAGCGGCACUUUCUUUCUCUACUCUUGUUUUGUUGACGUUGGUAGUUAUCAACACUGCGAGGCAAAAGACGCCUGUUUGGAAGGCGUCGCCGUUGGCUUGGAUUAUGCGUGGUCCGGGGGGUUAUGGCACAGAUGAAUCGCUGCAAGGUACGACGGAAGCGAUGGAGCAGUGUUCCAAGUCAAUUACCGUAAGUCUGCUUAAAGGAUCUGAUCCGUUGAUUCAGAUGGUCGAUGAUAAAAAUGAAGAGAAAAGAAGGCAUUAG